AUUUUAUCGUGAUCCGGACUAAUAAUAUUACAAUAAUGACUCAACACCAUGUCACCAUUCGUCAGUAUUCGGUAUCGGUAGUCGUUUGUAAGCACGAUAAGGGACAAGGGGAAUAUAUAAUGUUAUUUUAUACAGCCGUAUUGGCACCAGGUGUGCACUAUAUAGGUGUCAAUCGUAUAAUAUUAUAUUUGUUGUAUAUCGAUGUAGGUAUUAAAAUAUUAUCGCCUUUCGUGCGAUUUCCACUCCAAUAAUAAAUUGCGGUAAAUAGUAAUUUCGUAGGUAUUUAAAAUAGAAACCGAUAACCGACAGCCUAGACUCUAGAGCACGUUAUGUCAUGGCAAUAUUAUUAUUUAUAUUAUAACAUUCGUAAUACCUAUAUAGUCACGACUUAGAGUGGAGUCGAGUGCUCAGAUAGCAGCCGUGUCGAGUUGUGCGCAUGCAUACCACAGAGACGGACUAGAAUAAUACAAGACGUGUAAAAGUUUACAGCCACAGAUUAUAUUAUUAUAUUACGAAAUAUAAAAUAUCUGUACACAAGUAUACAACUAAAAAGGAUCUUUCAUUAUCUACGGUUUUGCUGAGGCGUUUUGCAGUGUUUCCCCCUCCUGUAACGUCGAGACAAACGGCCAUGUCGCCUUUGCAUCUGUAGAUCGAGCGUGCGCGCACUCGGUACAGACGGAGAGAGACGGACCGCGGGACGACGCCGAGAUCAGGGACGGGCGCGCGUCGCGCGGUUUAGUGGCAAUCGACUACAAUAUUACAGUAGUAGGUAGUAGUAGUGGUAUCAUAGUACUAUAGUACGGCCGUAUAGACCGACACUGCAGCUGACUGGUACGACCGUCGACCACGCACGUCAGUCGCCAGUCGCUACACACCACUAGCCAGGGCUGCACGGUUUUCGGUGUCGCGCGCACUUCUCGCGAUCCGUCGACUAUAUUAUUAUUAUUAUUAUUUAUCUCCGGCGGUCCCGCGAUUUAUAUCAUUAUUAUUUCAUCCCCGCUGCGCAGCGUGUUGGUACCGUUUACGAAUUUUUAUUUCGCGUCGUUUUGCGCCGGCCGUUUGCCUUUGUUGUAUUUUUCUAAAGCUAUUUUCGUUCGUUCUGUUUCUGUUCUGCGCCAGUCGUGUUCCGAUUCAUUUUCAGCGUCGUAAUUUUAUAACAUUUCGAACGAGGUAUCCGAAUUCACGUCGAUAUCCACCAAUCAGCGAAUCCACUAUCCAGUGAAAUACAAAAAAGUUCCACAAUGGAUUUGGAAUUCGACUCUCCUACGGUGUUCAUUGAAGAUGUCACAUUACCUUCAUUGUUGACUAGUUUUAGUACAUCAACUACGAGUUCGGUAGAGUUUACAUCAUCAGAAUCAGAGUCAGAAACUACUCGAAUACCCAUUACCAAACAAAAAACAAAUAAAUAUAUUAAUUAUAAAGGUCCAAUAAAAUCAUAUUCAUUAGCUGAUUUAACGACAAUAAAAUCUUUCAAACCUCUUAUACGAGAAGAUUCAGCUAUAUAUUCUACAGAAACAUUAACCAGUGCCAUGACUUCCAGAACAGAAUCAGGUAUUCAUAACUCUAAUAGUUGUCUGAAUUCAUUAGGUAAAAAUAAGAAAAAGUAUGCACAUGUUGAGAGUAAAGUAAAACAAUACAUAAAGGAUAUUAAAGAUAAUGAAGCUAAAAGUAAAGCUACAAGAUAUAGUUUACAACCUUCAUCAAGAAAACAGCAAGUAAAUAAAUAUGUUGAUGAAAUGAUUAAAACUGAAGGUGAAGAAAUUAUAAAUUUAAAGAGCAAUUUGAAAAAACUUGAAAUUCAAUUAUUGGAGAAAAAUAGACUUAUAGAACAACUUCAAUACAAUUAUAAAGUAAUGGAAAAUAAGUAUAAUUCUGCAACAAAUAUUAUUUUAAAAUUGGCCAAACCCAGUAGAGAUGUGUUAAAAUUUACUGAAAAUGAAUUAAUAGAGCCAUUAUCCCCUGGUUAUAGUAUACCACCCCCUAAAGAAGUUUGGGGCCGUGGCUAUAAAUUAAAACCAUCCAAUACAUUAUCAGCAAUACGAAAAGAAAACUCGAAUCUAGAAAAAGAAAAUAGUCUCAAGGUUCGAAAAGUGAAAUCAGGAGGUGACUUAAUAAAUUAUUCCAAUAUUAAUUCCUACAAAACACCAAGAGAUUCAAGAUCUGCUAUACAAAAGGUGAGUUAUAAAUAUCAGAUAAUUAAUCAAGUCAUAUUAAUCACUUCAACUGAUUAUAAAUUUCAAAUACUUUUAUUGAAUAAAUAAGAUAAAAGUUAGAUU